UUUCUAUUUGUGUCAUCAGCCACAAUUGGCUUUUUUCACACCAUGUAAACGGUUGGAGAAUGAAUUUUAUUUUUUUUAUUUAUUUAUUUGUCAAACACAACAGUAUAUAUAAGUAUAAGCCAUACGAAUAACCAUACGAAUUGGAUACAAUCAAAGAAAACAUUAGAACAGGAACGGUGCAGACUCCAGAGCCUCCAGAGACUGACAGUAGUGUGGCAGAGGAACAGGAGGAGCCUGUUCCUAAAGUACAUAUGAGAAGAGCUGCCAGAAGGUGUCUCUUUCGAACUGUCAACAUGAGAAUGACCUUCAAAGGAUAUGAAUUGGUCCUCUUCUUUGUUCUGGCUGUGGUGCUGUUACCAGGUGUCUAUGCUCCUGAUUAUCAGACCUUCCUGAAGCAGCAUUACAAUAAUCCAAAGAGCAACGUUGGAAACUGCUACUGUGACACCAUGAUGGAAAGACGGAAGAUGACCAGGCCAAUCUACAAAGACAAAAAUUCCAUCAUUCAUGACAACAAGAAAAGCAUCAUUAAUGUGUGUGGUUCUGGAGGUCAACCUUAUGGUAAUGGGCUUCGGCGUAGCCGUAACCGAUUUUCGGUCACCACCUGCAAGCACAGAGGGGGCUCCAACUAUCCACCUUGUAGUUACAGUGAAACCACUUCAUCAAGAUUGAUUGUUGUGCGUUGUGCAGGUCGAAGACCUGUCUACUUUGAUGAGAGCCAGAUCUAAGCUGAGAUUUGAAGCAGCUCACUCAAAGGCUCAGCUUUUUAGGACAGCCCUUACUUUCCCACUGAAUAUGGAAGCCCCUAGUCCUUAUGGGUUUGUGCAGAUUUGCAGCUAUUGUUUUCUUCUUCUGCAUUUGUUGAAUAGUCUUGCAAUUUUCUUAGACUAAAAGAAAAUAAAAAAGCAAGCAUCACCAAAUGCACCAUUUAAGCUUGCAUUGUAUACCCUACCAAAUGCUGUGUAAUUUGAAUACAAUCAAAGAAAUAAAUGUUGCAUAAGA